GAAACUUGAAACUUAAAACCCUAGUUUUGAGGUUUGGGAUCUGAGACCUUGUUUGGCUUUUACGUUUGGUUGAAGAGAAACUGAGGGGAAAACAAAGGGGAAAAUAAAAAUAAAAAAUAAAAAAGAAGAAAAGGAAGACGAAGCGAAUCUGAAGAGCAUUUUAGUUUCAAACCCUGGAGGAUGAAGACGAUUUCAGGAAGAGUGACGUUUUCCAAUCCAAUCUCUCUCUCCAAAGCAACCUCAGUUCUCACAACCUUCGUGGCCGCCGAGACCGGAGCCUCCCAGGCCGUGGCCGCCUACCUCCGCCGCACUGUGGAGGCGUUCAACGAGUUAACUCAACUCCACAGAGAGCUCAAAGGCUCAAAAUCCGGCCGCAAGCACAAACGAGCCAAGGAGGGUCACGAAAACCCUCGACUUCCCGAACUGACCAAUGAUUAUGAUAUAGAAACAGAGAGUGCAAAGGGGAGUCACGAGAAGAAGAAGAAGAAGAAGAGGAAGAGUGCGGAGGUUGAAGAGGGAGGAGUCGAGUAUUCGGAGGAGCAGCAGAGUAAGAAGAAGAGGAAGAAAAGCGAUUAAGAGAUAGUGAUUUGGAGGACUAUGGGAUUCGGCUUUUUUGGGGUAAUUUAAUGGGUUCCAUGUAAUUUUGUUUGAAUUUGUUCAUUAUAAGUUCACAUUCAUGAUAUUACUCAGAAGUGAAAUUUUAAUGCCCUUUCAAAUGUAAUCUUGUUUGAUUUUGUUCAGUAGAAGUUCAUAGUUAUGAUAUCAAUUGAAAUGAAAUUUUGUUAAUGAUUAGUAUGUAUUUUUCUGAAGAAUUGUUAAUGCAAUCAUUUUGCAAGGCACUUCUCUAAUACACUCUAUGUUCAAGUGA